AUGGGCCGGCUUCUGAGGCUUCUGACUCUGGUCUCGAUUUUAUUCACCGGGAUUCUCGCUGAGAGCUUGGUUCUUCAGAAUGCUAACGGGAAGCAUAUCGAUGUUUAUGUGUGGACUUGCACUAACGGUACAGUUCGUGAGGUGAUCAUCGCCGCCCUAGAGGCCCAUGUCGACGUCGACUCGCUGUAUCGAACGAUUUGGGGCGAACUGGGAACCCGGGACCCUACAAGCCAAUUCGUCGUCUACAUCCAAAAAUACCUGCGCAUCACGGCCAAUCUGCUGCCCGGCGCUACUGGGGGCGGCACCCGGGAUUUGUGUCUAGUCCAGGCAACCAAGCAGAAUAUCGCCGUCAUCGUUGCCCGGGUGAAGGCGCCGGAUAAA